CCUUUUGAGCCUCCACAGAGAUUGUCUCAAUAUUCACAAGAUCGCAGAUUGUUCUUAGACGUUAAAAAAGGAAAGUCUAGAAAAUGUUGCCUGCUGAAGACAGGGAAUGUUAGAGGGACCCUUUCCUUCUAUUCCAAUGCCCAUCAUCCCAGGCCCCCAUGGAACGUGAUGAUCUCCCCUAUUGCCUUGCAGCGUCGAUCUAGCGUUGCAUGCAGGAUCCACCAGGGGGCUCCCUGGGUUGCCGUUACAAAGCCCUCACCAGCCCCCGCUUCAAGAGAGAACUGAGCAUGCGCUCUUCCAUCAGGUCGAGAGACAUGCUCGGUGCAUUGUCCAGAAGAGGCUGAUAGUGCUUCCAUCCUUCCCACCGGUGCAAUUCUGCUCUUCCGAGGAGUCACAGAGGCUGCAAGGGAGCUUUGCACGGACGGAGAUCAAAACCUGACUCCGGAGUUCAAUAUAUAAGUUGGAAAUCUUUCCUGAUUGCUCUUGAGUCUUAAAUAUCUUGUGUGGGAAGAAGGCUAAUCCUAAUUGACUUUAGCAGAUUUUGACAGACCUCUUCUGAUUAGGAAGACCUGUGCAGAUCCAUCAGUCUGUUUUGGAGCUGGAUUAGAGAGCAGAGAGAAGAUGGAGGGACAAUGCCCAGCUGGAAAAAGCCCUGUAGCUGCUCAGUCUUGGAGCUUUGAGAUGAAUGGGCAGAAGAACCAAGAAGACGAAGCCAACAGAUCAGAAGUCAAAGGCUUUCACUUCAGAAAAGUGCAGUUCCAGGAGGGGAGGGGUCCCCGAGAUAUUUGCAGUCAGCUUCACCGCCUUUGCUGUCAGUGGCUGCAGCCAGAAAGACACACAAAGGCCCAGAUGCUGGACCUGGUGCUCCUGGAGCAGUUCCUGGCUUUCCUUCCCCCAGAGAUGGAGAAAUGGGUGCGGGAGUGUGGAGCAGAGACCAGUUCCCAGGCGGUGGCCCUGGCCGAAGGCUUCUUGCUGAACGUGGAUGUGGAAAAGAUGCAAGAAGAGUUGCAGAAAUCCUUGGAAGCUACGACUGAGUAUCCCAAGGGGGGGAAAGAUUCAUCCAAACCCUCUCAAGAGCUGCUAUUUGAGGAUAACUUCCAGAAAGGUCAAAGUCAGGACAUCACGCCAGAGAGUAGAAAGCUGUCCAUGGAAUUUGUAGAGUCACCUCCUCUUUGUGGCGGAGCUGAAGGAUUGACUGAACCUCUACUUCAGCAUGUUGUGUCUUUUGAGGAGGUGGCUGUGUAUUUCUCCAAGGAGGAGUGGUCUCAGCUGGACCCUGCCCAAAAAGCGCUUCAUGGAGAAGUCAUGCUGGAGAAUUCCAGGAAUCUGGCUUCUCUGGGCUUUAAUGGGCAAGAAAAUAAGAAUUUCAAGGAAGAACGCCAAAUGAUCCAUUCAAAAGAGGGAAAAGAAAAGUUUCCAGAUCAGAUACAGCCAAAAAGUGAUGAAACGAAGCAAUCACAAGGUGGAAUGAAAAAAGGCUUUCCGUGGGUCAAUUGGCUUCAUAACCAUACAAGCAUUGAUAUGAGAAAAGAACCAUAUAAAUGCAUGGAGUGUGGAAAGACCUUUACUCGUAGCAGUAGUCUCAAUUACCAUAAGAGGAUCCACACUGGAGAGAAGCCAUAUCAGUGUAUGGAAUGUGGAAAGACCUUUACUGGUCACAGUGGUCUCAAGUACCAUAAGAGGAUCCACAGUAGAGAGAAGCCAUAUCAAUGCCUAGAAUGUAGAAAGAUCUUUACUAAUAGCAGUAGUCUCAAUUCCCAUAAGAGGAUCCACAUUGGAAAGAAGCCAUAUCAGUGCCUGGAAUGUGGAAAGAUUUUUACUUGUAGCAGUAGUCUCAAUUACCAUAAGAGGAUCCACACUGGAGAGAAGCCAUAUCAGUGUAUGGAAUGUGGAAAGACCUUUACUGGUCACAGUGGUCUCAAGUACCAUAAGAGGAUCCACAGUAGAGAGAAGCCAUAUCAAUGCCUUCAAUGUGGAAAGACCUUUACUGAUAGCAGUAGUCUCAAUUCUCAUAAGAGGAUCCACACUGGAAAGAAGCCAUAUCAGUGUAUGGAGUGUGGAAAGACCUUUACUCGUAGCAGUAGUCUCAAUUACCAUAAGAGGAUUCACACUGGAGAGAAGCCAUAUCAGUGUAUGGAAUGUGGAAAGACCUUUACUGGUCACAGUGGUCUCAAGUACCAUAAGAGGAUCCACAGUAGAGAGAAGCCAUAUCAAUGCCUAGAAUGUAGAAAGAUCUUUACUAAUAGCAGUAGUCUCAAUUCCCAUAAUAGGAUCCACACUGGAGAGAAGCCAUAUCAGUGCCUGGAAUGUGGAAAGACUUUUACUUGUAGCAGUAGUCUCAAUUACCAUAAGAGGAUCCACACUGGAGAGAAGCCAUAUCAAUGCCUGAAAUGUGGAAAGACCUUUAUUUGUAGCAGUAGUCUAAAUUCCCAUAAGAGGAUCCACACUGGAGAGAAGCCAUAUCAAUGCCUGGAAUGUGGAAAGACCUUUACUUGUAGCAGUAGUCUCUAUUACCAUAAGAGGAUCCACACUGGAGAGAAGCCAUAUCAAUGCCUGGAAUGUGGAAAGACCUUUACUUGUAGCAGUAGUCUCAAUUCCCAUAAGAGGAUCCACACUGGAGAGAAGCCAUAUCAGUGUCUGAAAUGUGGAAAGACCUUUACUUGUAGCAGUAGUCUCAAUUCCCAUAAGAGGAUCCACACUGGAGAGAAGCCAUAUCAAUGUAUGGAAUGUGGAAAGACCUUUACUUAUAGCACUAGCCUCAAUUCCCAUAAGAGGAUCCACGCUGGCUAGAAGCCCUAUCAAU